AUGACGACCCGCACCGCCGACGGCGUCGAAGUCCUUCGCGACCGACGCCGCGUGUUCUCGCCAGACACGCGGCAUGAAGUGCCGACGGGGGUCGAAGCCAAGUUCAGACAGCAGCGUAUCCUCGACCACACCAACCACGCACCGCUGGACACGGUGUUGCCAUCGCGACCGACCUAUGUGCCCAAAAUCCCUGAAUCCGUCAAGUCCCGAUCAUUGCGAGAAAAAGCCCGCAUCGCCGGCGACGCCCCAGCCGUCAGGAGCGUGGUGCGCCGAUGCAGCUCCCAAGUGCAGUUGAAAUUGCGCGACGUGGUUAGCGAUGCCGAGGAGAUGACGGAGCUGCUGCUUCGACUGAAUUUGGACAACGUGGCAGCGCUGCACGACGUGGAGGACCGACGCAUGACGCUGGACGAUUUUCUCACCGUUGUCGUGGACUGCAGCACCCAAGUGAAAGGACAUGCCGACUCGACCGUGACCCAGCUGUGCCAGCUGUUUCACAAGAUCGACCACGACGAAGACGGGGUGAUCACCUGGACCGAGUUCACGUCGUUCGUGCUCGAAACCAUGCGCGGGUACUCGGAGCAGCUGCUCGUCGACGGGCUCCACGAGUACAACAAGACGGCCGUGCCAACGCCGAUCGUCGUGAACCGGGGCAUGGAAAAGCUCGUCGAAGCGCACGAUGGUCAUAGCUUUAUCGGGUUUGAGCAACACAGCAAGGUGUUUCAAGUGUUUGACGCAAGUCGAAACGGCGCCGUCGUGGCCACGUCCGCGCCUUGCACAGGGGGACAUUUGGUGGAUGUGACGACCGUGCCGCCAUGGGAUUAUAUCGUCGGGACCACCACAAGCACGACAAUCAACUUUUGGGACGGCCGCGAGUACGCGCUGCGGCAGCAACUCCCGACGACCGAAGUGCAAACGGUGGUGCGGUGGAACGACCAGCACAAGCUCUUGUACUCUGCGAGCACCACGGGGCAGGUCCGGGCGUGGAACUGCGAGACGCUAGAGUGCAUGGGGUCGGUGAACCUCAAGUCCAAACACAGCGUAACCGACAUGACGUUCCUCAGUCCCCGCGCGAACGCCGUCGUGGCAUCCUUGGCGCCGACGAUUUCCAUCUUGGACAUCAGCACCAACAAACUGCUCAACCUGCUCGUCGGUCACCGCCUCGGCGUCACAUGCAUCAAGUACUCUGUCGCAUACCGGUACAUUAUCAGCGCAGGCCUGGACCACGACCUGCGCCUGUGGAAUCCGUACGUCGAAACGAGUAUUGCCACACUGCUAGGCCACCGCCACCAAGUGGUCGGUCUCACAUGGGUAGACGACUCGCCUGAAGUGCACUCUGUGGACGACGCGGGGUUUCUCAAGAUCUGGGACCUGCGCACGUACAGAUGCAUCCAGACGCUGUGUACCCUCACCGCGACGAGCGCGACUCGAUCCGCGGACGCCGCCCUCAAACCCACGAGCGCCAUGGUGUACCUCCCCCGGCUGAACCGGAUCGCGCUCGCCUCCUCGCGGGUGGACUUUCACGACGCCGUGCUGUGGAAUGCCUCGGAUGAAAAUGCGCUUGAAAAGGAGACCCCGAGUAUGGCGCUGUUCAUGCCGUCGUCGCUGACGAUCCUCACAACCUCUGGACGCCACGUCCGGGUGUGGGACGCGCAAACCGGCCAACUCACGUACAACCUGCGUGCGCUCGUUCCUACAACCAUCUCGGCGGGGUGCUACGGGUCUGGACCAGUGGCGUUCCUGGGCACCCAAGCUGGCAUGCUUUACUGUCUCAAUGUCGUGUCGGGCACACUGGUGCGCAGUCGUGGCGUGCACACGAAAGAGGUGUCGGCGGUGGAAAUGAUCGAGAGUCGGGACCGGACGCUGGCCCGGCGCGUCGUGUCGACGUCGUUAGACGGGACGUGCGUCGUGUCCGACUCGGAGACGCUGGCGCUGGUGCAUUCCAUGAACCACUGGCACGGCAUCAACGGCCACCCCCUCACGCGGGUCGCACCCACGGAUAACGUUAGCGCGGGGGUGCCCCACGACUACUUUGUGCCGCAGCCGACCAAAGCCGCGUACUCGGACUACGCCAUCGACUGCCUCAAGCGCAUCUUCGCGCCGUUCGACCCCCACAAGACGGGCGAAAUAGCGGCAAGUCACUUGACCGCGCUCUUCGACGCCGUCGUGUCACUGAACCGCCGAUCCGGCCAGCGAAAUCCAGCGUAUUUGACGAAAAUAGUGAGCAAACGGCCGCCGACAGUGACGUUUGUGGAUUUUUUGAUGCUCGUGCACGACACAUGGCACGGGACUGGGUAUGUCACGAGUGACGUCGGAUGUGUGGCCGUGUCGCAUCAGUAUAACGUCAUCGUAACCGCGUCGAUCGACGGCCACUUUUGCGUGUGGCACGGCUCCAAGUGCCAGCCGUUGGCGUCGUCGCCUGACGGCGCCAGUGCGGGCAUCACGGCCGUCGUGUUUCUAGAGCCGCAUCCGAUCUUCGCCGUGACCGACGACCAAGGCGGGCUCGAGCUCUUUGCCAUCCCGCCGCACCCGCUGCGCUUCGAGCGCCUCGUCCACACCACGUGCGCGGCCACCGUGCACAGCCUCGCGUGGUGUCUGCCACGCACGCUCGUCACGGGCGACGACGAGGGACAUGUCACAAGCUGGCGCAUUGAUGGCUUGUUUGCCCCUACCACAGAGGACGCUGAGCCGGCGCACAUCAGCGACUCCCGACGGACGGCGCACGAGCUCAUGCAGACCAAAGUGUCGCGGCGGCGGGGCCGGCGCCGGUGCACCCACCAGUUCGACUACAUGUUGGAAGGCCAGGUAUCGGUGGGCGCGACAUGGCCCGCACACGUCGACGCCCUCUGCACCCUCCAUGCGUGCAAUGGCGUGAAUCACGUGGCGUCGCAUCUUGUAACGUGUGGCUGGGAUGGUUUUGUGCGAGUGUGGGCUUUGCUCGAAGAGCGACUGGUGGGCACGUUGAUUCGUGGUCCUCAAGACAAUCCGAAUUUCGACGAUAACGUGGCAUGGGGACUCACCUUUCGACAUGCCGCGACCAACGGCAAAGUGGACGUGCACGCCGAAGCCAUGCGAUUUCUCACCGCUUGCGAAGGCAAACCAGCUACAACAACUCCAGUUAAUCGUUCGCCGGUUGUGGUUCGUGAUCCAGCAGAAGUGAAGAAGAAGCAGACGAGGCCGCUGCGGAGGAAUGUGCAUUCGGCGGGUGAUACAGUGCGGCGUAUGCCAACGGACAAGCGACGUCAAGACAACAUAACUCUCUUUGAAGAUGGAGAGUUCGUCAUCAGUCCAUUGGGAACACGCUAUGCCAUGCGGCUACAGGAAGCGUUGGACUCGUUGGAGCCAACGACCGCGAGUCGUCGACCGGCGAAGAAGGUUGAUCCGCGCAUUCAGCGCAUCCAACUCGCCCUCAAGAUCCUUCAGCCAGCGAAGUCUCAACGUUGUCUACGGCUGCCACUCCCAUCGCCUCGGCUACAAGACAAUGGUGAAGUGCUUCUUCAGACCUUACUGUCGAAAGAACAGCGAUUGUCCACGAUGAACCUAAGCCGUGAACAGCAGAACGAGCUCCUCUUUGUCGGAUUCAACCAAGACUAUGGGUGCUUUGCGUGCGGGACCGACACGGGCUUUCGGAUCUACAAUUGCGACCCGUUCAAGGAAACGUUCCGUCGCGAUUUCUCGAGCGGGGGAAUCGGCAUCGUGGAAAUGCUCUUCCGAUGCAACAUCCUCGCGAUCGUCGGAGGUGGACGCAACCCGAGGUACCCCCCGAACAAGGUUAUGAUCUGGGACGACCAUCAAAGUCGCAACAUUGGCGAAUUGAGUUUCCGGAGCGAAGUCAAGGCCGUCAAGCUCCGUCGCGAUCGGGUCGUGGUGGUGCUCCAGAACAAGAUCUACGUUUACAACUUUGCCGACCUCAAGCUCAUGGACCACAUCGAAACGAUUACCAACCCCAAGGGGUUGUGUGCGUUGUGUCCGAGCUCCACGAACACCGUGCUCGCGUGUCCUGGGGUGUCCCGCGGUACUGUGCGAAUAGAAUUGUACGACCAGCGCAAAACUACGUUGAUUACGGCGCAUGAAGCCGAGCUGUCCCAGAUGGCGCUCAACCUCGAAGGCACGCGUUUGGCCACGUCGUCCGACAAGGGGACGCUCAUCCGUGUGUUCGACACCCAAUCCGGUCAGCUCUUGCAGGAACUUCGACGCGGCGCGGACAAGGCGGAGAUUUACAGCGUCUGCUUCAGUCCGAACUCGCAGUACCUGGCCUGCUCGAGCGACAAGUACACGGUGCACAUCUUCGCGCUGAGUCAGGACGUGGCGGGCGCCGAAGGCCUCCCCGCGCCGCCACUGAGCGCGUCGCGGACCAACAGCGGCCGGUACAUGUCGGGGGUGCUGACGCAGUCGACGCCGCUGUCCAAGGAAGACGACAACACGGAAAACAGCAAGUCGAGCUUUUCAUUCAUGCGUGGGCUUCUGCCCAAGUACUUUAGCUCCGAGUGGAGUUUUGCCCAGUUCAAGGUACCCGAGACCCGCACCAUUUGCGCGUUUGGGAUGGACAAGAACACGAUCCUCGUGGUGGGGGCCGACGGGUCGUUUUACAAGGCUGUGUUUGACGCCAACGGCGAGUGCGAGCGCACGUCGUACUCCAAGUUCAUCCAAGCCGACGACGAGGAUUAGGACUUGCUUUCCGUUGUUCUUUUUAAUUGCCUUUUGCUCUUUACAUACACACUGCUUUGCCCUGUACCUACAGCGCUUCACAUUGC